AUAUAUACGUUUGUGUGUGUAAUAGCUCCCAUAUAGCUCAUAUCAGCCGCUGCCCGCCAUGUUUUCAGAGAUUUUCUGCACCAAAAACAAUACGCAUGUCCUCUCUUCCUCCCUCCCCCUACCUUUUGUUUGACUCUUCCCUCUUUCGCACUCCUCCGGUUUUAAUGCAUUUAUUUAUAUAUAACAUACAAUUAGUAUAUUAUAAUAUUUAUAUAUGUGUAUAAAACGCCCAGUAAUUUAACUUCAACUCAGCUAUAUAUAUAUAUAUAUAUAUAUAUGUAUCAUAUAUUAUCAUUUACAAAACCUGACCCCAAGGAGAGGUUUUUAGCGAGUUCUUGAAAAGUACAUAUGGAAAGUGGUACCUGCGGUUCUAAUGAAGCUGGUGAACUGGGCGGUUCCAGCGGGGCAGCUGCGGCGGGGGCGUCACGGUGGAACCCGACUAAGGAGCAGAUAGAGAUACUCGAGGGGCUGUACAAGCAAGGGAUAAGAACCCCGACGGCAGAGCAGAUACAGCAGAUAACGGGGAGGCUGAGGGCAUACGGCCACAUCGAGGGCAAGAACGUCUUUUACUGGUUCCAGAACCACAAGGCCCGCCAGCGCCAGAAGGAGAAACAGGAGAGCUUGGCCUUCCUCAGCCGCUACUUCCACCACCGCUCCGGCUCUGCUGCCGCGGCAGCUGUGGCGGCGUUUCCUUCCCCAUGCCCUAACGUUAUAUGUGGACCAUGCUACAUGCCUCCCAGUGAACUAGGUUUCUACCAGAUACACCAGAAAGUUCUUAUCCCUUGCGGUUAUAAGAGGAGACAAAGAUCCGACUAUGGCGAAAGCUUCGACCCGCGCAGUCAGAAACCUCACAACUAUCCAAACUUGCAGAACCAAUGCAGUGAAUUCACGAAGCGAGAAGAAAGCAAUAUUGGGAUGUCCAGUGACUGUGAUCAUGACAUGACGCUCAGAACACUGGAUCUCUUUCCACUGCAUCCGACCGGCAUUGUAGAUGGAAACGCAAGGGAAACCCUGGAUGUGCCUGCCGGUUCUUCCGAGGUUCUGGAAGAUUCCAAUGAGCAGCAGAACCUGGUUUACAUUGAUUUCUUCUCGGGGAACAAAAAUUGCUGUUAAUGAUGAUUAGAAGAUACUGAUGACUAACUUGAAUACGAUGGAGAGUACUGUAACUGCGUGUUGACUCCAUUGGUUUGGUAGGGUUCUUAUGUUUUCCCUUUUUUUCUUUCCGUCUCUGCAGUAUGUUACGUUCUCUACUAU